CACCAGUUGAACGUACUCACUUGCCAGCCUGUAAGUGCGUUUACUGUGUUACAUUCCAUUGCUGUGCUUGGUGAGCAAACCGUCGCUACCAGAAUUACUUGUUUUCGUAUUAUUUAUACAACUUAUCCGUCAUUUACGUACAAGUUCGUGGAGAGAUGAAUGUCGCAUUCGCAAGAAUGUUCUUCUUUUUUGUUUACUUGUCUUUGCUUAACAUUGGAAAUGGAUUGUCAGUUGGAGAGAUAUUAGAAAAAAAAAUUAGGACCAUGAAUCAACUGACUAUCAAUCAACCAUAUAUCAAUCUUGAUACCGAUCAAUUUAAUUUUCUAUUGAAAUCUCAGCCCAGGAAUUACUCAGUUAUAUUACUUCUGACUGCCCUUAGUUCUAGUAGAAAUUGCGUGCCUUGCAGACAAGCGUUUGAAGAGUUUCAAGUUGUAGCAACUUCCUGGAGAUAUUUUAAACAACAUGAUGAUCGGUUAUUCUUUGCGAUCGCUGACUAUGAUAAAGCACCCGGUGUCUUUGAGUUCCUACAUCAAGAAACUGCACCCGCUAUUGUACAUGUAUCACCUAAAGGAAAUAUAAAACCAUCGGACUACAUGGACAUAAUGGUUAAUGGGUUUUCCUCUGAGACCAUAGUACAAUGGAUAUCUGGAAUCACUCAAAUUAAGAUCCGUCUAUUUCGACCUCCAAAUUAUACUGGAACCAUGCUACUUGCUCUUUUUAUGUCCCUUGGAGCUGCAGUUUUGUACUUCCGUCGAAUCAACAUAGAUUGUUUAUAUAAUCGUUCACUAUGGAGUGCAAUAUCGUUGGGUGUUAUUUUCUGUUCCAUUUCUGGCCAAGUGUACAAUCAUAUUCGUGGACCUCCACUUUUCCACGCACCGCCCCCUAAUGGAGAAAUUAAAGCUUUUAUAUACGAAGGUUCUGAUUACCAAUUUGUCGCAGAGACGUUUAUUGUGAUGCUUUUAUAUAUUGGAUGCUCAGGUGGGAUUCUUCUCAUGACUGAAGUUGGUUCAACUACUGACCCAACAAAACGAAAAGUUUACACAAUAUCAGGAAUAGCUCUAUUCAUUGUAUCUGUCAACUUUAUACUAUCAGUCUUUCGAAGAAAAUAUCACGGCUAUCCAUAUGGAUUAUUUUUUAGAUAAAAAGAAAAUUAUUAUUCCCGGUUAAAUGGAUCCGUUUGAUGAUAGCUGUGUUCAUUCACUUUUUGUUUCAUUUCUUUAUAAUUUUAACGAAUAACCAUUUUGUAUUUUUUAUUGUAUGAAAUUUUAUGCAGCAUAAUGGAUAAAACAUUUCUUAGAAUAAAUAAAUAAAUAUAUGAAUUCUCAUAUUAAUUAAUUCACUUGCUAUUAUUAUUUUGUGCGUGUACAAGAAUUCUUUUUCUGUUUUUUUUCAAAUAAAAUGUUCCUAAAAUAUA